CAAUUUCAGGGAAUAUUUUUGUGGUUGUUACAGACGAUGGACGCGGACAGUAGCUACGGAGGGAGCGACACGGCGCAAGACUCUCACUCAGGCCACGAACUGAGCUCUCACUUGGACACCUCACAUCACAACCACACAGUGGUGGACACCACAGAUCAUGCUCAAGAUCGAAUCACAACUGCAGUCCAUCAGAUCCCUACGCCGGACGCGGUUGGCCAUGAACACAAACAUUUCCUCAACACCAGUCAGGUAACACUACCAGUGAAUAUGCCAGAAGCAGAGCACCAAGAGCACUACCUGACAACUGCCAGGAUCACAGUCAAUGAUAGCCCAGAAAUGAACAAUGAUGAAGACAUGGGUGUCAGCAGGCAUAAGAAACUGAUAAAAGUAGAUCACAACGGUUGUGAUGACGACGAAGACGAAGCCGACGAUAUGAAUCAUAGGAUUGCUAGGGACCAAUUAGGCCAGGAGCCUAAGAGCAACCUAGAAGAGAUGAGUCGAAACUACAAGAGUACCAGCCAUCUGAAUGAGAGCAACGGGGAGUGUGAAAAAGGUAUAGAGAAUCCAGCGUUUGUUGGAGAUGGCAGUGACAGGAAGAGUACAUUGAGCACGUUCAACAGUGAGAAGCAUUACAAUGGCGAGCUCAAUACCUCCCCCAAGUUAGGGGCAUGUAAUACUAAGCCAGAAGAGCCAAUGACUGAAGCGGUUAAUCUUGAGUUGAUCAAUUUGAAACCGGGGACUGAAGGCUACGAUGUAGCUGGAAACGGAAUGACGACCAUUCCUUUGAAGAAGGAUAAUGAUAGGGAUAUAGGGAAUCCUUACGACGAAUAUUUUGUUCCUGUCAACGAGCACAGGAAGUAUAUGAGGGGAGAGAAGUUAUACGUCACUAAGGACAAAAGAGGCGAAAAAGGCAAAAAUAAAUGCCUCUGUUGGGGUAUAUGUCUAUGCAUAGUAGCGGCAGCAGUUAUUGUAGGAAUAUUGGCAGCAGCUGGUGUGAUAGGUAACCAAGGGCCGAUGCCCCAAGAAGUGAGCGCUCGAACGUUCAGCAGCAAUGACGACAAACCAAUCAGGAAAAGUGGUGAUAGCGAAAAUGGCGCUGCUAAUAUUGCAAAAGGAGGAAUUAGUAUACCGGGGGUGUCGGAUACGAAGCCAUUAUAUACACCGGAACCACCGAUUUCAACCGUAUCCUCGAUACUUCCUACCACAGAUAUGUCCAAGAUACAAGUGCCAAGAGCAAUCGAAUCAGAAAUUACGAUAGACAAUCUUCAAUUCACGCCCGAGCUGUCAAAUAAGAAUAGCUCCGAGUACAAGGCUCUUGCAAAGUCGAUUGAAGACCAACUGAAAGAGGUGUUGUUCAGGAAAGAUAUACUCUAUUACGGACCUGCAGAUAUUGAGAUUAAAAUCCUGGAGUUCACGCCUGGAAGCGUGGUGGCCAAGUACCGAAUAGCCUGGCAGUUCAAGGACGGGAUACAUAGCCCCAAAGAUCCUAUAGACGAAGCUGCUUUGAAAAGAAAGAUUACUGAUUCAUUGAGGCGGAAUAAUGACCUCAUGGGAGACUAUCACAUCCCUGAUGAAUCUAUCAAGGCCAGCAGAAUACUGGAUCUCUGCCAGAUUGAGAACAAUGGCUGUGAACAUCUCUGCUUCUUUGAUUACGUGAAUCUCGACUUUAUCUGCACAUGUCCUGAUGGAAAGCGGUUGAAGGCUGAUAUGAAGACAUGCGAAGAUGAUGCGGAACCAGCUGAUUUCGAUUUUGGAACCUUUCAUGACUAUGCAUUGAACGAUGCUGAAGAACCACAUCGUCAACAUCAAGCAGGAGAUGAGGUUCAUACGACUAUAAGACCCGAGCAAGAUGGACAUCAGUACGUUAAUGAGCCCAGGCAUAUGUCUGAUCAUCAUGGUGUCAUCUAUGCUCAACCUGAACCAAGUGCGGAACCAGAGCCAAGUGCAGAACCAAAGCCAAGAGCGGAACCAGAACCUAGUCCAGAACCAGAGCCUAGUGCAGAACCAGAACCUAGUGCGGAACCUGAACCAAGUGCGGAACCAGAACUUAGUGCGGAACAUGAACCAAGUGCGGAACCAGAACCAAGUGCUAAGCCAGAACCCAGUGCGGAACCUGAACCAAAUGCUAUUCCAGAACCCACUGCAGAGCCCGAACCCAGUCCAGAAUCUGAACGAGGCACUAAGCCUGACGCAAACGCUGUAACACAACUUACAUCGCAACAAGAGCAAGCUCCUGAGCCCCAAUCGGAACCAAAACCCACUGCAGAACAAGAGGCAAAAGCAGAGCACGAACCACAAGCAGAACCAGAACCAAGCCCUGAGUCAGGAAAUUCUGAGGAAGGAGAGGAUAUACAUUUGGUAGUUGCAUCGAAAAACAGUUCUACAUCUGGAACUACCACAGAGCAAAGUUCAGAGAUAAAAGGAAUGGUCAGCUCAGAAAACGCCGAACCGAAUUCUGAAUUUCACUCCGUUACCGAACCAAUGAAGACUGAUGAAGAGCAUGGUACCACGAGAAUUAUCUAUUCCAAACCGAAAAUGGAGCUAACUUCUUCGGAAGAAAGUACCGAAGCUUUCUCAAAGAGCGAAGUGCAGCAAAGUGAUUUUUACUACCCAAACGCAGGUGUUGUGAAAGAGUCGAGCACGUCAAAGGAAACCAUCCCAGAUAUGUCUACGGAAUGGAUAGAUGUAACCACUACAAAGAAAGAAGACCACGAGAAGAUGCUUCUCACAGUGCACCAAACUACCACUGAGCAUCACAACGACAUACAGGCAGACUCUAAAGACUCCUCCAGUUCAAGUGACCAGUCAGUGUUAGGAGUGAUCAAGAUUGUAACUCCACCAGCUGAAGUGAAGAACACGUCACCACAGUCAUCGAACGAAGACGAAACAACGCAAUUUCCAGACCUCACGAAUGGAGUCAACUCUACUUCUACUGAAAACUCUAUGCACAAUGAAUUCCACGUGCACAGCACUGUAGAUAGUGAGCGUAGGAAUACAUCCAAGGUGGUGAGUGGUAGCUUUGUCCACCAAAAUGAUCAUUACAUGAACAUCAGCGAGGUGCAUCGAGAACCGAAGAUUCAAGAACUACACUUCAUCGAGACCACAACAAGCAACAACUCGUCUCAUGAGCACGACUCCACGGACACCAGUCCGGACCACCUACCAGAAGAAUACAUGUCUCCCUUCCUUCCUGAAUUGGACAAUGACACUUUUGUGAACUCCCUCCAUCUAGACGAACACUUCAUCGACCACAAUCCCCCAACUGCUCAGGAUUUGGGAGAAAACAUCACCGCGACCAAACCGCCGACAUUGGAGUAUGACCAAUUGAACAAGACGAAUCCGUUUGACAGCCAUACCGAAGAUGCUUUGAACAUAUUGCCUUUGGCGCCUGUAGUGAAAGAAAAUGUCACUGGAGAUACGACAACUAAUGAGAUAACUACUAUAAUACCAGAGAGCAUAAACACCACAUCAUCCAGAGAACUGCUCGAUUUGGACAAUGUGACCUACACUUCUGAAUUAACAGAUACAAAAGCAUCCACUACGAUAGUACCAUCCAGUCAAAAUGAAACUGUAACCCAAAUAAUCACAGUCAUAGACGGUCGCGGAAAUAAUACUGUUAUACCAAAAACAGAAGAAAUCAUCACUACAACAGAAGAAUCUACUACGGACCACAAAUUGACUUUAUCGCAAGGUGAACUUUUUGCUAGUACCACAGAAGCAGAACCAAACACCACGAUGCAAGCUACGACAAACAGAAAUGAAAAUAAUACUGAACAUAGUACAGAGAUCGUUCCUGAUGUAGUAACUCCACCUCAACAAGAAACAACAACGAUGCUGAGGAUGGAGACUACAUUACCUCAUGAGAUACUCAACAACGUCCAUAGCAACAGCUUCUUUGACCAAUACGCAACUCGUAGAGUGCCUGAGAUCAAAGAAACUACAACGGUGACACUACACAAUUUAAUGUCAGAGAAUUCUACAAGUAGGAUCAUAGAUGACAGUACAGAAGACCUUAUUGCUUUAGAAACAACUACAAAUACUCUUAAGCAUGGCGAAUCAAAUCAUACUGAAGCAAGCGUCAGUAAUAGUACCAUGAUGCCAAUGAUUCCACACACUACCGAAAAAGUAACUGUGGAAACAACUACUAGGGUAGUUAACGAACAGUCUGUAGGCUCUGUAACAAAUAAUAUCAGCGAAACCAACAAAACUGCUGAUGAACUAAGACUUUCAACGACAAUUGAACAAUCUACCAUUGUAACCAUGGGCAAAAAUUUUUCAGCAACUGAAAACGAAACUACUACACUGGAACAAACUACUUCUGAAGUAAGUGAUAGUACUACCAUUCAAUCAGUCGUUACGAUGCAAUCCAUGGAAUCAUCAGGAAGCCAAUCUUCAUCAGAAGAAAACGCUAAUAAGUCUAACGAAAAUGAAAUUUACGAAAAAUCCACCAAGCAAUAUCAAGUCAAGGAAUCUAGUGAAGACUUCACAACAACUGAAAGGUUAUUCUUGACACCAAAACCUACUAAUGGUUCAACACAUGAAGACUUAGCUGUGAUACCAUUGCAAAAGGAAGUUGUCAAUCUCAGCAGACUUGAUAAGAAGAAAUAUGCAUUCGAACAACUCAUCGGAUCCUCAGAAACUACCAAUGACAUUUCAGAUGAGAAGAACGAUUACAAUUUGAAGGGCACCUACCUGACUAAUAAUGAGGCAAGAUCGUUUAGCGACGUAAAACCAGUAACUGAAAACUUUGAACUGCCUAAAUUUUCACGGUGUUCGGCUGGUCAGUUCCAAUGUAUGAAUGGUACAUCUGUAAAGGAUGGUAGCUACUGCAUCAUGAUGAAUGAUAGAUGUGAUUCUUCUAUGGACUGUACAGAUGGUUCGGAUGAGUCGAAUUGUACUCAAGAGGGUUGUCUCAAUAAUUUCCAGUGCGGCAGUGGUCAAUGCCUGAAAAGACACCUUGUAUGUGAUGGAAUCAUCAACUGUAAUGAUGGCAGUGAUGAGCAGAAUUGCGGUAACUGGACAUGCAAGUCUGAUGAGUUCUCCUGCGGCACCGCAAACAGAUGCAUACCGUUAUCCUGGAAAUGCGAUGGCAAGAAGCAUUGCAGUAACGGAGAAGAUGAAAAGGACUGCAAUUCUCAUAUUUGUACUGAUGUGUCGUUCCUUUGCUCGGUGCAGGGUAGCUGUAUACCGUCCACGUGGAGGUGUGAUGGAAGGAGGGACUGUACUGAUGGAGAAGACGAAAAGCUUUGUGAAUGUCCUGCAGACCAAUUCAAAUGUCAACUUGGAGGCGGGUGUAUACCAUCAUCCAAUAGAUGCGAUGGAGUUGAGCAAUGUGCGGAUAGGUCUGACGAGUGGGACUGUUUGGUACUCAAACCUCUAGAUAAUGUUACUGAAUCUAAUGGAAAAGUGGUAUUGCAGAAACGAUCAUCCAACAACACUUGGCAUCCUGUGUGUAUGGACUGGGCUAUAUGGAAUACCUCCUAUGCAGAUUUAGCUUGCAGACGUCUGGGAUAUGUUGAAGCUGCGACUUUAGAGUCAGUUCCCAAACCAAGUGGAUUAAACGAGACUCUGUUCUACAAAUUGGAGUUUGGUACUUCGAUCAGGUCAUCAGUGCUACAGUUUGAGAAUGCUACAGAAACUCAAUGUGACCAGUUCGUAUCUCUAUCUUGUGAGGCCUAUGUUUGUGGCAGUCCGUCGGCUCAGGAAGCCCCUUCAGGUCCCAUCAUCGGAAGAGACAAAGCAACACCUUCACAAUGGCCCAAUUUAGCAUUGGCCUACAAUAAAAUGCACAAUAUCUAUUGCACCACAACAUUAUUAUCUCCUUAUUGGGCCAUUGGAAGCUAUUCCUGUCUAAUUGCCAAAGCUCCUAAUGCGAGCAGUACUGACUGGAUCUUGACGGCAGGAAGUACGCUAAAGACUGAUAACUCUAGUAGCCAAGUGAGACUGGUGAAGAAUUUAGUGUCACAUCCACAGGUGAAAUUUGACCAAUUUGAGUACAAUCGUGAUGCAGUUCUCUUGGGGCUAUCGAAACCAAUGAAAAUCAACUCCAAUGUGAGCGCAGCAUGUCUUCCAGAUGAAGAUAUCCAACCUAAACAGUUAUGUAUCGUCACUGGAUGGGAAGCCAAUAAACCUGGAGAUAUGAAAAUGCAGCAAUAUCUGCACUAUCUGCCUGUACCAGUCAUCAACUCUACUGAAUGCAACUCCACGAAGCAUUACAAUAGCAAAAUGAGCUCUGACAAAAUCUGCGCUGGAUAUUUGGAGCCAGAAAAAACACCAUGUUAUAAUGAUGAGGGAGCACCUCUAAUGUGCUUCUCAGAACAGAGCCAUUCUUGGGAGCUGAGAGGGCUCCUCAGUCACCAUGACAACUGUGGCAACCAAAAGCAUCCAGCGUUAUACACAGUGGUGGAUGACAACAUGAAGUUGUGGAUAUCGAAUACCAUAGGCAGGCAAGCGUUCCUGAAAGCAGACUGAUCGUGUGGCUAUUAGAGUGAUGAAGUAUGUGAAAACGUGAGAGUGUUGCUCAAGAUCUUGAGUUAGCUCCGUGGCAGAUAGUGUACAAGGAGUGUUACCAGAAUAGUUAGUGAUCGGAUCAUAAACAUAUGAAUGGAAAGAUAUUUUUGAGAUACAGUACCUCAUUCCGAGGUCAAAACAUUAUCCUACUACGUCCCCUUCGCUUGGAGCGAUCGCUUUGCCGACGCCUCUCACUACUGAAAUGUCUUUCCAUUCGUAUACAGUGCUUUUCAGAUAGGUACCCGUGCCUUACCUAAUUUUUUGUCGGACUCAACUUAGCUAGCUGAAAUUUGGGAUGAUGAAAUUGACACAUGAAUACUAUGCUUAAAUAUAAAAUAGAAGUUCAAAAUUUCAAGAUGGCGACUGGGCGCCACCUUGUAACACAUUUUCAAGUGGAAUUUGUCAUACCUAGUUGUGAAGCUUUUUUUGAUUUCUUUACCACCUUAGAAUACAAAAUCACUAUCUCUUAAAAUGGUGGACUGGUAGAUUUUCAAACUUGUUUUGUAUAUUAAAUCGCUUAUAAGUUAAAAACUAAUUGUCAAAACGAUAUAGUAUAUUGUAUUAACCUUUUUUAUUUGGAAUAUUCUUAUUCGAAUGUGCAGUAAAGUAUGGAACCUCUUUUAAUAGUAUUUUGUUUUUAAAUGCAUAUUCGGGUAGACCCUCACAACAAAACAAAAUUGACAUAACAUACGUUUUAAUCACUGGUUUUUGAAUUAUUAGCGACUCAAUGUACAAAAUCGCUCAGCCUCGACAACCUUAUAGUUCAACAUCUUCAAAGAUGAUGAUUUUAUAUUUUAGGGAAUAGAGUACCCAUAAGGAGCUUCAGAAUGGCGUUUAGCUGCCAACUUUAAAGUUUCAACUGUCACUUUUACGCUAAAAUGCAUGCAACAAUUUCAUUAGCAUCAGUUUUAUCUUGCUAACUUGAACCGUCCAAAAAAUAAGAAGAGGACUUUCUGAAAUGCACUAUAAUGUCCUGUACAUUUUCUGUAACAAAAGGUCCCUUAGAUUACAACUUAUGAAACAUGUAUUUGUUAAACUGUCUCAAAGCAAUUGUAGAUAUAGAUAUGUUUUAACAAGCCUUCUGUAAGAGGGAUAUCACUGUAAAUAUUAGGUAGGGAAUAAAAACAAAUAAUUUUAAUUAAAUAAUGACAUUCACUUCAGGAUGCCUAAUUUUAUAUUCAUUUCUUCAAUAUUAUGAAAAGGGAAACAAUAAAAAAAAAUUCGUGUAAACGCAUCCUGAUGUGAGUAGAAUUAUAUUUUUGUUUACUACACAAGUAUAAUUUACUUUUGUUACGUUGCGCGUCCAGUGUACUUUUAAUCCAUUGUCAAAGUGGCCAUACACUCUAAAGCAGUCUUUUAAAGCUUGUUCAGCAAACAUUUUUGUACUAUGAUAGUCGCUUGCCUAUGUGAUAGAUAUGUACAAGGCUAAACCGUCAGGUUAAGGGAUAAUUGAACGAUUCCGCACAAUUUCCUGCAACAACUAGAAAUCAGUGUGUAUACAGGUACAAAAUAAGGAAACCUUGUGCAAGAAAAAUAAAGCAGACUAUGAUGUCCGUAAGCAAACGACAACGAAAUUAAUUUAUCAACGAUGUUAAAGCUGUGGUUCGAACGUGAUCGUACUUUGAGCUUCGCAUUGAUGGACUCCCAGUUAUAUAGGCAAUACACUGAGCGAAUUUAAGAAAGAGUUCCUCGGAUAACCCACAUUUGCAGCAAACACCGAUGGCAAUACUAUGUUCACAUACAUAGGGGAAAGUCAGAUAUAUUGUACCGGGUAUUUAAAUUGUACCACCCAAAUAUUUGCUGAAUUGUAGAUUUCUAACACCAUCUAGUUAGCUUAUUUGAUGCCCCUUGGCAUCAAAAUAUAUCUGACCAAAACUUAUAACCGUGAAAUUUUCUGGUUUCUGUUAAGCAGAAUUGCGCAGUGUCAUAUAAUCUUAGAUAAGCCCUUGUAUCCAAAUAUUCACUUUCUGACACUCGAGGUGGCACUAACAAUAAAAAUGUAAUGCUUUUUGGUAAGGCACACUUCACAAACCGCGUGGUACAACUUAACAAACCGGUUUGAUAAAUUGUACCAAUUCCAACACUUUCGUAACACAUUCAAUGGUAACGGACUUUUUGUACAUUGUCAGAUUUUCUUGUAGAAGUUAAAAGGAGGUUCAGUGUCACCAGUAACUGACAAACCGGUCAAUGUGUUGAAAAGUCAGCUCCUACUAUUUACAUGAAAUUUUUAAAGUAUCAUUCAAUCCAAACGAGUGUUUAAAUGAUUAUUUCAUACAAUAUGCGAAAUGGUACAAUUUACCCAACUUUACCCUUGUUUCACUGGCUAGGAAUUGUAACAAUGAAAUAUAUUGAGGUUCAGAUGCAGAAAUGCAAUAAAUCGCUUAAUAACAUUGGUAGAUAGUAUGAAUCAGUACAACAAGCUCUGUCUACACAUCCGCCAGAGUUGUGCGUCAGAUGACAGCAUACUUUGAUUAUUACCAGAUAAUCAUGGCAAGACAUAUAGCAACGUCAAGUAUUCGGGUGGCUAAUCUGUUUCAAGCCUGCUAUAUCCUGUAUCGCUAUAUUUAUAUUGAUCAUAAUUAUAUUAUGGCCUAUGAUCAGUUGUAACUUUAGGGCAUCUGGUGAAAGGUUUGAUUCCAGUUUCGUGAGGAAUCACCUAGGAGUGGUGCCAUAAAAUAAAAAUUAAAAGCCCGUUUAUACAGCAAUUAGAUGAUCAUCACAAAAAUAAAUAAUGAUUUACGGCUGUAAUUUGGGAAUUUUCUUGCAAACGUUAGUUUGCUAUAUUUUUCGUAGACAUGAUAAUUGCAAAGUAGUCAUCAUGUCAUGUCCAUCAAUGGCUAAAACAUAAAUGCUAAAUGGCGAUGCAAUUUGUUUAUUGAUAUUAUCACGUUAGGCAUCAGUUUUGACUGAUGCAAAUUUGUUUCUUGGAAUUUUUGAAGUAGUUUUAGUUAUACCGAUGUCAAGUUGUUUCUAUUAACUAAUAAAUUAAAUAUACAUUUAUGUUCAAAGUGGUGGCACGGAAGUUGAACUUAAAAACAAUUUAAAAAGGAUUACUUAUCAGCCCAAAAAUUUUGGGAUUCCACUUUACGUCUUUUGUAAUAGCAAUGUAUACUAUGCACUGUUUUGCAUUUGGAUUGUUUGUAUAUAUCUGAUCAUAGUGUUAGGUGAGUUUUUUAAGAAAACAAUACCAUUAUUUUUUGUUGUGUGAACAUUUUGGUAUUUUUAGCUAUAUUUUCGUUCAAAUACAAGAAAUGAGUAUAUGAAAUUUUGAACUGCAACACCCUAUAAAAGCCCGAAAUAUCGUCACUUGCAGACAUGGGUGGACAAUGGAAAUCUGGAUCACAACUUUCUUAUCUUGUACUUUAAAAAAGUCGUAUAAUUACUGGCGGCAAAAAAACUGUGAUUUUGAUUUUUACAUAAGCACAGACGUCCUUUGUAAUUUGAAAAGGACAUCAAUGUCCAUAUAAUGACUAUAUCCAUGUGAGCUUUACUAUACAUAGUGUUUCUGAAGAUAUUCAUAUAUCAGAAAUUAUUUCAAAUAUAACAUGAAUAGUUUCCAUAAACAUGGAUCUCAAAAUUCUGGUUUAUCAAGAUUACAGGUUGAAACAAAUGUUCUUAUAAUACCCUCUUCAGUGGCUUAGAAAUAUAUCUUGCCACAGAAAUAUUUUAGAACCUGUUUUUAUAAGAAAUUUCAUACUACUUUUCUGCUUCAGAAAUUUGCUGUUGAUCAAGUCAUCCUGUAUAUAUUGUCGGGCCAGUGAUUUCAAAGCCAAACUUGUUCCACUUUCGCAAUUCGUGUUGUUUGCGUUAGCACAAAGUAAUUUGUCCUUAUGCAGUUAGCACGGUCAGUGUUUUCAUUAGGUUAAUGACAACUCUGACUGUCGCUUGACAAUAAUUUUCUAGUUACACAUUUAUAAUAACCACGCAUUACCGUCCCAUGUUUGUGGUGUUCAAUUACAUAUUCUGAAAAAUUACAAUUACAUACAUUUCUAUACCACACGACCUUUAUUUUUUAUGAUUAUAGUUAUUAUGGUUGUAUUAUAGUAGCGUUGAUGGAUUUUUUUAACAAGGAUGUUAGUAAUGAAAUUAAAUUUUAUAGUAUUUUCAUGAGGAAGUUUACUGAUGUGGCUGUAAACACAAAUAUCCUAUUUAAUAUUUUUGAGUUGAAUAAUUUGAUGGAUCAUAAUUAAAUUUAAUGUGCGGUUUGUAUCCUGUCAUGGAAUAAAGUGAGACGUACGUAGUUUUGAUGAGAAAUAUACGGUAAUAGUGUGUAAAUUAAAUUAUUUACAUUAAAACUUUGGUACUCCAAACCGUUUACCAUAAACUGCCAAGAAACACAAAAAUUGCACUGUGCAUUUCAUACUAAAAAUUACUUAUAAUUUUUGCAAUAUAUUUUUCAAGGAUGCUGUAGCAUAUCAUCGUUUUCUAUUUCUUGUGCUGGAAAAACGUAACACGUAACUCAUACAGUCAAUAGUACUUCACAACUUGCGAAAAUUGCUCACUUAGACUUUGGAAAGCCAUUUUUUACACUUCACACUUUUCGUUCGUGAAAAACUGGAAACUGUAGUUUUCUGAGGCAUAACGCUAAUAUUCCGUCGGAAUAAAAACUAACAGAAAAGUGAUUAAUUUCUGAAAUCAUUCAUUCCUUGUUUUUCGUAUAUAAAAUAUACGCCGGUGGAAUCCACUUUCUUAUAUAUAAUGUUAUACAGGAAUGUUUGUUAUAUGUUUAAAAUUUAAUAAUAAGCAGUAAAAGCCGUCCUUUACCUAUAAUUUGUAUAUUACUAGUCGGAUUAGUGUAUGUGCCAAAGGGCAUGUUUAUGACAGGGAUCAUGUAUAUAUAUAUAUACUGGAGUACAUUUAAAAAAUAAACGAGUCAAACGAUUUUGCGUGAUUUAUUUAACCAUAACACAUCUUUUGCACUUCCUUUCAUCCCAAAAGCUUCCGA